UGAGAAAGCGCCAUCUUGUCAAAAUGUCAUCUCAAGCCCCAGAAGCUGUUCCAUUGAUAGAGGCAGCCAGCCAGACUCCGCUCACGGCCGAAGCUGCGGGCGUCUUAGUCGCCGAGGCUGUUGGAGAGGGAGAAGCACAGUCUGCCGCCAAAGAUCAAGAGCGGACUGAGCAGCUUGGUGAGGAGGGUAAUGAGGCCAAGUCGGUGCGCCGACCAUUAGUUGGGCCAGAGCCUGGUGCAAGCCAACCACCCGACGAGAUCCCUGGAAAGAACACCGCAACGACCGAGAAGCUGCGCACUAUCGUUAAGUUGCUUGCGGAGGUCCUCAGAGAUCCCAGUUUCAAGGAUGGUUUGGUGCCUGACGUUGAAUCUGGUGCCUCGGAAAGCGAUACCCACUUAAGAUCUAAGGAGAAGGAGAUCGGAUAUAUAUGGAGCAAAGUGAAGCCAUUCAAUACUCUGCUGCGCGUCCCCGAGAAUCCAAACAUGCGCAGCCGCUUUCAGGAGCUCUUCUCGCGUGAGGGCUAUAUAGAUAGGCUAUACACCCUUACUUUCAAAGGAUCUUCUAGCAUGGAAGAGAACCUUAGGAACGGGGAGUAACUCCAUGUUCGAGAAGGACUGGCGAAAGAAUACGCAUGCAUGUUAUCCUGGCGUUUCAAGAAACUUGAGGGAAAGCCUGAGCGUGGAAUCCUGUUCGGCCUCCCUUCUCCGGGUUCAACAGUUAACUUUAAAGUUCUGGC